UCUCCACUCUACAAUAAAUAAGAGGGUCAAAGUCAACCCUUGUCGCUACCCUCCCCAACUCUCCUGCUCGAACCUUCCCAAGUCGAUAGCUUCACCACACCUCCAUUGACUUGACUUCCAGCAAUUUGAUUAUCCGACAACAGGAACUAGGAGAGCUUUACUUCCUGGAGAAGCUGAUUGAUUUCUUGGCCGCCGAGUUCUUCUCAGAGUGUCUUCAAGCUUCAGCCGAUCGUUUGCACAGAUUCUCAGGCAAAGAUCUUUCCUGGUGUACUUCGGAGAUCAGAGAUUCAUUUAGAAUGAGAGCAAACACGAUUUCAGAAUGGAUGCUUCUCUUGGUGCUGGUUCUAUCGGCCCACGUUUCUGCUGGAUUUUACCUGCCAGGAGGAUUCUUGCACACUUACUCAACUAGAGAUCAAUUAUACGCUAAAGUACUUUCAUUAACAUCUAUUAAUAGCUUGAUUCCAUUGAGCUACUACAAUCUCCCUUACUGCAAGCCUCUUUGGGGAGUCAAGAAGAGUAAAAUGAAUCUCGGUGAGCUCCUCAUGGGAGAUCAAAUGAUGAAUUCCCCAUACCGGUUCAGAGUAAAUGUAAAUGAGUCCAUCUACCUUUGCACUACACACCCUUUAACUAAACAUGAUGUAGACUUUUUGAAGAAGAUGACCCGAGAGAUGUACCAAGUCAACAUUCUUCUUGAUACUUUGCCCGUGCGAAGGUAUUUAAACCAGCACGGUAUGAGUUUCCGGUGGAAUAGAUUCCCAGUGGGCUAUUACUUCUCUUCGAUUGGCGAGGACAGUUUUUUUUACUCGUUUUCAAUUGGCGAGGGCAGUUAUUACAUCGUUAAUCACCUUAAGUUCCGUGUCUUGAUCCACAAACACGAACCUUUUGAAAAGGGGCAAGCUACUGCAUUCGAGAUUGUCGGCUUCGAAGUGAGCCCGUGCAGCAUCAAACACGACCUGAAAAGGGUGGAAAAGGCUUUGGUGUACUCCAAUGAUAUUGGUCCUAUAACUUGUCCUGUCGGCGUCGAGCUUGAGAAGGCGCAGAUUAUAGAGGAGGGACAAAAGGUGUCCUUCAGUUAUGAGGUCGAGUUUGUGAAGAGCGAUCUCCGGUGGUCUUCAUGGUGGGAUCCUUAUCUGAAGAUGGAAGGCUCUGAGGUCCACUCGUAUUCGAUAAUUAACUCAGCAAUCACAGUCCUUUUCCUGAUGGGUGUCAUCUCUAGAAUAUUUAUUAGGAACAUGAGGGAGCGUGCAGGUUACCAAACUGUGAAUUCGGACAAAGAGGCUCAACCUGCAAAGCUGAGCGAUGAGAUUCUCACCUCAAAGAUAGGCUAUAGCAAUUCGUUUAAUGGACCGAGACUCGAGAAGCUUCUGUGUGUGAUGGUUGGUAGUGGGAUUCAAAUCAUGGGAACGGCGAUCAUUACUGUAACAUUUGCAGCUCUUGGUUUCAUUUCACCAGCUUCCCGAGGAUCACUACUUGUGGGAAUCAUAACCUUCUAUCUCUUCCUUGGAAUCCUUGGUGGGUUUGUCGGUGUCUAUCUGUGGAAGGUCAUAAAGGGAACUUCUGAAGGUUGGAAGUCCAUUUCCUGGUCUAUCGCGUCAGGCUUCCCUGGGAUCGUUAUUGCCAUUCAUUCCGUGCUGAAUUACGUACUCUGGCACCAGAACAGCACAGGCGCUAUUCCCCUUUUUGUCCACCUUGAGAUCUUCUCCUUGUGGCUGGGCAUAUUAGUCCCACUCACUCUCCUAGGAGGAUACCUGGGAGCUCAGGCUGAGGAUCUUAAGUGUCCUAAUGUUGUUCAAUGGAUCCCCAAAAAAGCUGGUGCCAGUACACUCCUAGUAUGGUUCCUUGCCCUUGGUGUCGGAACCCUGCCCUUUGGGACGAUCUUCAUUGAGCUCUUCUACAUCCUCUCAAGCCUCUUCCUUGGGAGGUACUAUUACUCCUACGGGUUCCUCCUGAUGGUUCUAUUGCUGUUGAUAAUCAUCUGUGUCCUAGCCUCGAUGAUCGUCACCUACAUGAGCCUCCGAGCUGAGGACUCCGGGUGGUGGUGGAAGGCUUUCUGGGCAUCUGGGUCAGUUGGCGCUUACGUGUUCCUCUACUGUGCCAGUUACUUGAUUUACGAUCUCCAGGGACUGAGCGGACCCGAGUCAGUUGUCAUAUAUCUUGGCUACUCCGUCAUCCUAGCAACGUUGACCAUACUUGCAGGGGGAAGCGUUGGAUUCCUCGGUUCCUUUUACUGGGUUAAAGUCCUCUCCACUUCCAAGGAGAUCAUUAGUUUUUCAAAGACCUUCAACGAGUUGAUUCCUCGGUGCAUAAGAAGUUCUGCUGCUUAACUAGAUGCAUAUAUGUAAUGUGUGUUUGCGUGCGCUUCUAAAACAUAGUAAAAUGCACUGACUGCACGAUGUGGUGUCUGUUUUUCCUCCACUUUCACACCAAAAUCUUUGCAGAUUGCGUGAGCAUGUCAUGUGUCAGUGCAUAAUAUAUAUGGUGUCUAUUGUUAUUAAA